AUGUCCAGCCUUGUAACCAAACGAUCUGAAAAUUUGGAAACUUCAAAACAAGUAGCGGACGAUAUUGAUGAAUGCGAGGCUACAGAAAUUGAUGAAGAAGAAAAAUCAGAUAAGUAUGAGAUGAAGGAACGUAUGCAUGAUGUUCCUGAACAGGAUCGUGAAGAAAUGGAAGACAUCAUCAAUGUAUUUGAUGGACUGGAAAACCAAUAUAAUUUAAUUGAAAAGAUCGGAGAGGGGACUUUUUCGAGCGUAUACAAGGCUGAAGAUAUGAAGUACUAUGACUAUAUUAAUGAUUGGGAUAUUGAUUCUAAAGUUUUAGCUAAACAACAAAAACCGGAAGGUUUAAUUCAUGAAAGCGCCAUAAGUCCUACGAAGAGAGAGCCCAAAUUUGUUGCUAUAAAAAAGAUAUACGCUACUAGCAGCCCAAUGCGUAUUCUGAACGAAUUGGAAAUUCUGUAUCUUCUGCGAGGGAUUGAUACAAUUGCACCAUUAAUUACUGCAUUAAGGAACGAAGACCAGGUUUUGCUUAUACUACCAUAUUAUCAGCAUACUGAUUUUCGACAAUUCUAUAGCACUUUUUCGUACAAGGAAAUGAGCGCGUACUUUCGUUGCCUGUUCGAUGCUUUGGCCGCUUGUGAAGCUAUGCAAAUUAUGCACCGGGAUAUCAAACCGAGUAAUUUUCUUUUUAACGUCGAACGAAAACAUGGCGUUUUGGUUGAUUUCGGAUUGGCCGAACAUCAUAAUUGGCCUCUUCCAAAAACCUGCCCUUGUGUAUCGUAUGAAACCGCAGACUUAGCUCGUGAAUCGUACAAGGAUUAUGGACCAGCCUUGGGGUAUGUUAAAAAUGAUACUAGACCUAGCAAACGAGCCAAUCGAGCUGGAACACGAGGAUUUCGAGCACCAGAGGUUCUGCUGAAAUGUUCUGUUCAGACUACGAGAAUUGAUAUUUGGUCUGCUGGUGUUAUUUUACUUUCUUUUCUUACAAAACGAUUUCCAAUGUUUAAUUCCAAGGACGAUGUUGAUGCCCUUAUGGAGAUAGCAUGUAUCUUUGGAAAAAACGAAAUGCGACAGGUUGCAGCACUACAUGGUUGCACAUUUGAAACCAACGUUAAUACCCUUACGGAAAAAAGAGUUAACUUUCGUAAAUUAAUAUUGUGGGCUAGCUGUGGAUCGGCGAGCAUCUACAAGGAAAAAUUAAUGCAUAAACCAAGUAUAGAAGAAACCGUUUGUCUCGAUUUCCUGGAGCGCUGUUUAGAAUUGGAUUGUAAUAAGCGCAUAACGGCAAGUGAGGCAAUGGCCCAUGACUUUCUGUAUUUGGAUGACCCGACAUUCCCGUUUAGCUUUCAACGAAAUGAUCCUUCUUUUGACAAGCCAGUACCCGAUUCACCACCUAUGGAGAAUGACUCCACUGAAACGACUCAACACUUCUCUCGCAUCUUAAGAGAUGGUGAAGACAAUGAUUCAAGCACACAGGAUAUGUCUGUCUUAAAAAGGAAACGUCCUAGUGAUAGCAUCGAUGACAAUCUGUGA